AUGGGAUGGACGACGCUACACUUCGAGGGUGUUAAAUUUUUUGUGUAUGUACGAAGAGAACACGAGGAUGUGGAAGGGUUGAAAAAAGAUUCUUCACAAGUCAGCGCAACCUCCAUUGAAGGAUUUGGUAGUGGUAUACCAGCGGACUGUAUCUGGGACAGGGAGGAUCAACUUUUCUUGAAAAUAUCUCAGAAAAGAGCCCAUACAGUGUUCGUCCGGUGUCAACGUCCUCAGCACAGGCUGUCUGAGGGCUAUCUUUAUACAACGCCAAUAACUGGCAAAAAUAAAGCCAAAUACAUCACGCUUAAACCUGGGGUUCCAAACUUGGUUGUGGUGCUCCAGAAGAAACCAAGGAUGGGCGGUGAACAAUGUUGGGAGGGCGGUUUUUUGGAGAUUCGCUAUGGAUAG